GGAACCUUCUCUCUCCUCUCAAUUUUCCUUCUCACAUGCUCCUUCUUUUCCACAACCUUUUCCUUUCCUAGAAUCUCCUCUUUCCACUCUCUCCAUCCCUAUCUUCUCCUUCUUCUCCUCCUUCUCUUCCUCUCUUCUUAUAUCUUAUAUAUACAUAGGUAGUAACAUAUAUGCAUGGAGAGAUCUGAAGAAGAAGAAGAAGAAGAAGAAGAGAUGGAAAAGCAAAGUAAUACUACUGUUGAGCAUCAAAAGAACAAGCAGCUAGGACAAAAGAGAAGCAGCAAAGAAUGCAAGAACAAGAAGAAGGAGAUCAAGGUGGUGUAUAUCUCUAAUCCAAUGAAGUUCCAAACAAGUGCUGCUAACUUUAGAGAGCUUGUUCAGAAGGUCACUGGUCAAGACUCUGACAUCUCUAACUUCCCUGAGAACACUACUACUACUGCCUUGGCUUCUCAGCUUUCAGACACCACUACUACCACUUCUUCUUCUGUUGAAGAUGAUGGGUUUGCUGAGAGUUGGUCGGCGUUUGUGCCUCCUUCUAUGUUUUAUGAACCUCCUCAAGGUUUUUUCCGGCCACCGGCGGAUAGAGUUUGAAUUGGGUUGGUUGUCUUUGACUGUGUGGAUAUAGUCUAUAGAUAUCAUAUAUAUUAAUUUUUAUAUAUAUGUGUGUGUGUGGUUUGAUUUUUGGUUUUUAUAAAUGUUAUAGUCUUAAUAGUUUCAUGUUGGUCAUGAGUUAACUGUUGAUUAAGCUCAAGGUGGAGGGGAUUUAAUAAGAAUGAUACUAAUGAAUAAGGUUUAUGGAUCUUGAGUUCUUGCAAGUUGUUUUGGGAGGAGGAGGAGCAAAAGUGAUUGGUCCGUACGUGUUAUCUUA